AUGUUGGGUGACGUGGUUGAAAUUACCCCAGAGGAAAGUGUUCUCAUUUCGGGAAAGGCAGCAGCGCAGGAAAGCACGCAGCAGCAGCAGCGAAAGAUGGAGGAAAGCAGAAAGAAAGGUCAAAGCAUGAGCAUGACACGUUCUUCCUGGGGGGCCCAAGAUGGCUGGUGCGGGGUUUUCUCUUUUUUCCAAAAAGCUGUGGCUAACUGCGGAUGGAUCGGUGUUCUCCUGCUGGUGGUGUUCUGCGUUGCUAUCGGUUUCUCCGGUACAAGGCUGGGCAAGUGCUGGAUGCUGCUGGAGGAGCGGUGGCCCCAGCAGUACAAGAACGCCUGCAGGACUCCGUACCUGGAGAUCGCAGAGAGGUCGAUGGGACCUCAUGCAAGACGUCUGGUCCUGGUAUGCAUGUUGACCACCUUACUGGGAGGAACCAUUGUCUUUCUCAUUCUUGUUGCCUCCUUCAUGAACCAACUCGUGGUACAAGUCUCCCUCUGCGAGUGGGUCUUGAUCACUGCUGUUCUCUUACUGCCACUCACCUGGCUGGGAACUCCCAAGGACUUCUGGCAAGCGUCGGUGUUAGCAGCAACCGCCACAGCAGUAGCGUGUAUUGUUAUCUUUAUCGAACUCAUCUUAGAGGCAGACGCAUACAAGAACCCCAUCUACCAGAACCCCACCGUCGACACCUUUGCUCUUGGCUUCGGUGCCAUCCUCUUCGCCUUCGGAGGAGCCUCAGUCUUCCCCACCAUCCAGAACGACAUGGGUGACCGGUCACUCUUCAGCAAAGCCGUUGUUGUGGCUUUCGUUGUGUUGCUGGUGUUGUACCUGCCCGUGGCUACAGCAGGGUACGUGAUACAGGGUAUAGAUGUUAAUGAUAAUGUCCUGUUGGCUGUGGACUCGAGUAAAGGCAUCGUUAAGGCUGCAAUAGUCCUGCAAGUGAUUAACCUGCUGGGAACUUACGUUAUUUCCUUCAACCCCAUCAGUCAGACCUUUGAGGACCUCCUUGGUAUUGACAAUAAAUUUGGGUGGAAAAGGUGUGUGUUGCGCUCUGUCAUCGUCAUUCUGGAGGUUGUGGUGGGAUUGGCCAUUCCAGACUUCGGUAAAAUCUUGAACCUUAUCGGAGGUUCCAGUGUGACUGUGUGUACCUUCGUUAUGCCUCCACUCAUGUACAUGAGACUUAUGCAUAUGAAGAACUCCAACUGGACCCAGAGGCACAUGGAGCUGUGGGAGACAGUAUUGUUAUCUUUAAUCGCUAUUGUGGGGGUUGUGGGUGGGAUAACCUCCACAGUCACAGCUAUCAUUGAAAUCAUCAACCCAGACUCCCUCAGCACCUCUUGCUUCUCAAAUUUCAAUCUAUAGUAAAUUAAAGAAAUUAGGUUAAGCAAUGCUCGUUAGGAAACAGGACAAGUGUUUCCUGACGCUGAUCUUAGUUAUAUGAUGACCCACAGCUGGAGCUUUUGGUCAUCUGACAGAGACCUUCCACUGUUAAAGAGAUUGUUUUUUUAAAAAAUGCAUAUAAUACCCACACGUGUGGUAAUGAAAGAUGGCCAGGAUGUCAGCAUAGUUGCUGAUCCCCCUUACAUGUGUUGUAUAGCUUAUCUGAGUAUUAUAGUACCAUCCAUAUGUUUUAUAUAUGUGAUCCCUUACUAGGCCUAGUGACUGUGUGAUGUCACGUGAUGCGCAUGUGUGCGCGAGUACCUCUGUAACUUCCUCAGUUCACGGUAAUGAAAGAAGGCCAGGAUGUCAGCAUAGUUGCUGAUCCCCCUUACAUGUGUUGUAUAGCUUAUCUGAGUAUUAUAGUACCAUCCAUAUGUUUUAUAUAUGUGAUCCCUUACUAGGCCUAGUGACUGUUUGUGUGAUGUCACGUGAUGCGCAUGUGUGCGCGAGUACCUCUGUAACUUCCUCAGUUCACGGAUAGGUCUACAAGAGGCAACACACGGCAGGUUGGGCUCCCUUAUCACAGUCUGAAACUAUAUAGUGUUACCAUCCAACAAGUGUGUAUAUCUUCAACCCUCGUUAUCUCCUUUCGAACCCCACGACAAGGAUACUAAUGUUACGCCCCUGGUGAGGGUGAAAGGUAGCCUCAUGAAGAAUAUUAGAUCCAAUGAAGAAUCAAAAGGCACAACACCAUGACUGGAACAAUACACAAAUAUUUCCACGUACGAGACUGAACUUGUGACGACAUUUCGGUCCGAUUUGAUCCAUUAAUUAAUGGACCAAGUUGGAGCUAAACGUCGAAAGUUACAGUCUCCUACAUGUGGGUAAUUUGUAUAAAAUAUUCAAUAACACAAUUCACAGUUUUGAGAGACUGGGCAACUUACGAUACAGAAUCCUUGUGAAAACCACUAAUGUUGUAAAUAGUGACUAAAAUUAUACACGAAUGUUCAAUAUUUAAAUAGGGACUAAAAUUAUACAUGAAUGCUGAGUAUUUAAUUAGGGAUUAAAGGUAUACAUGAAUGCUCAAUAUUUUAAUAGGGACUAAAGGUAUACAUGAAUGCUUAAUGUUAACCCACGUGGAUACUGUACCAGAGGAAGUUGAUUGAUCUGCAUAUUUCUACCCAUCAUGGACUAUUGUCAUAUCUUGCGUAAUUAUGUACUGGAGUGCCAUAAAAUUAAUACAUAAUGUACUGGAGUGCCAUAAAAUUAAUACAUAAUGUACUGGAGUGCCAUAAAAUUAAUACAUAAUGUACUGGAGUGCCAUAAAAUUAAUACAUAAUGUACUGGAGUGCCAUAAAAUUAAUACAUAAUGUACUGGAGUGCCAUAAAAUUAAUACAUAAUGUACUGGAGUGCCAUAAAAUCAAUGAAUUCAAAGACAGCUUACCCAAAUAUGUUCAAGAUAUAUCAGAGUAUUUUAUCCACAGUGGUUUAUUACCAUAUAUACCUCUGUAAUGUUGAGGUACAGUCCCUGGACCCAUUAUGUACCUCUGUAAUGUUGAGGUACAGUCCCUGGACCCAUUAUGUACCUCUGUAAUGUUUAGGUACAGUCCCUGGACCCAUUAUGUACCUCUGUAAUGUUGAGGUACAGUCCCUGUACCCAUUAUGUACCUCUGUAAUGUUGAGGUACAGUCCCUGUACCCAUUAUGUACCUCUGUAAUGUUGAGGUACAGUCCCUGUACCCAUUAUGUACCUCUGUAAUGUUGAGGUACAGUCCCUAUACCCAUUAUGUGCUUCUGUAAUGUUGAGGUACAGUCCCUGGACCCAUUAUGUACCUCUGUAAUGUUGAGGUACAGUCCCUAUACCCAUUAUGUGCUUCUGUAAUGUUGAGGUACAGUCCCUGGACCCAUUAUGUACCUCUGUAAUGUUGAGGUACAGUCCCUGUACCCAUUAUGUACCUCUGUAAUGUUGAGGUACAGUCCCUGUACCCAUUAUGUACCUCUGUAAUGUUGAGGUACAGUCCCUGUACCCAUUAUGUACCUCUGUAAUGUUGAGGUACAGUCCCU